AUGCAACUGCAUACUGAGGACAACAUGAACAAUUUUACUUCGGUGUCCACAUUUCUGCUCCUGGAAAUUUCAGAGGUCCGAGAACUACAGAUCUUACACUUCUUUGUCUUUCUAGCAUUAUACUUUACAACAAUAUCAGGGAAUCUUGCCAUCAUUGUUGUAGUUGCCCACGAUCAUCACCUACACACUCCCAUGUAUUUCUUUCUAAUGAACUUGGCCAUGAUGGACCUUGGCACAGUUUCUGUCAUUGUACCCAAAUCUCUGGCUAAUUCCCUCAUGGACAGCUGGUCAAUUUCCUAUUUGGGUUGUGUUGCUCAAGUUUUCUUCAUCUUCUUCUUUGAAGCAUCAAGUGUAGGCAUCCUCACCAUAAUGGCACAUGAUCGCUAUGUUGCUAUUUGCAACCCACUUCAGUAUGAGAUAAUUAUGCACAAAGAAGCCUGCAUGCAAAUGGCAGUGAGUGCAUGGAUUGCCAGUAUACUCUAUGCCAUGUUACACACAGGGGGCACAUUUGCAAUCCCCUUCUGCUCCAAUAUUGUCAGUCAGUUCUUCUGUGAAAUCCCUCAGUUACUAAAGCUCUCCUGCUCUGACUUGUAUCUAGUUGAAGUUGGGUUUCUUGUAUUUGGGUGUAGUUUAGGAUUAGGUUGCUUCAUCUUUAUUGUUGUAACAUAUAUGCAGAUCUUCACUGCGGUGCUUAGAAUCCCCUCAGUGAGAAGUCAGAAGAAAGUCCUCUCCACAUGUCUUCCCCACCUCACUGUUGUCUCUCUGAUGAUGUUCAGUGGAAUAUUUACCUAUGUGAGACCUCCCACUAAGACCUCCUCUGAUAUGGACAUAGUUUUUGCUGUGAUAUAUACGGUAAUCCCUCCUUUGCUGAAUCCCUUCAUCUACAGUAUGAGGAACAAAGAGAUCAAGAUUGCAUUGUGGAAGCUGUUUGGUUUUGGACAUUCCUCUAAGUUGACAUCCAGAAAUGUUCUUAUAUGA